AUGCAGUUCUUGGCAGAAGAAGUGGAAGGUGGAAGUGGAGUUGUAGUUGCAGCACAAAGAGUUAAAGAUGGUGGUAGCCAAGCAAGUUUUGUUCACACAAACCUCAUUGAAAAACUGAAGCUUAAAGUUGUCAGUUCUGCCUCACUUUCAGUUCAAGCAUUUGAAUCUUUUACUUCACAAGAACAACGUAGAUGUGUUCAACUGUCACUUUCAAGUUUGUGGAGCAACCAAGCAUUUUUGAUCUCCGCAUUUGAAAGCUCCAAUUCCUAUACUACACAUCCUACUGCUCCACCAGAAAUAGUUCACUUUGCUCAGAAGAAAAGAUUGAGAAUUGCUGAUCCUCCGGAUGACUCUUCACUGCCCAUAGAAAUACUUAUUGGUGGUGAUCAUUAUUGGCAAAUUGUUUCCACAGAAGCUCCAAUCAAGCUUUCAGAAUCUUUUGUUAUGGUACCGUCAGUGUUUGGAUGGGUUCUUAGUGGAACAAGAACACAUACUACAAUCGCUGAGAAGACUUCUGUCCAUCAAGUUUGUGUGCAAGUUAAAACUGAUUGUUUAAAUGAUCAGGGAUACAAGAUGCGCAGAAACGAAGAAAUGACUACUCGAGAUGAAGAAAUUUUAUCAGAAUUUCACAAAACUUACAACACUGAAGACAAUCGAAGAAUUGUGUCUCUGCCUAGAAAACCAUUGGUCACACCUUUGCCUACAAACAAAAUUAUAGCGGAAAACAGAUUUCAUUCUCUUCAAAAAAGACUUGCAUCUAGUGAUGUGUUAAAGACACAAUAUGACAAAUGCAUGCUGAAUUACAUUGAACAAAAGCAUGUUGAAGUUUGUUCCAUAGAUGAAUCCAAUGAGAAGCCAGUAUAUUACCUUCCUCAUCAUGCUGUAAGAAAGAAAACGCAAUCUGAAACCAAGUGGAGAAUUGUGUUUGAUGCUUCCUCGCAUGCUCCAGGAAUGAUUUCACUGAACGAUACCUUGGAAGCUGGCCCGAAUCUUCUUCCUGAAUCUAUUGGUUGUCUACUAAGAUUUCGAUUGCAUGAAUUCGCUGUUACAUGUGAUGGUAAGCAAGCUUUUUUACAGUUGUCACUACAUAAAGAAGAUAGGGACGUCACAAAAUUUUUCUGGUACAAAUUAAAAUCUGAUUCAUCUCAACCUACUACUUUUACAGAUGAAAUAACUGUUUACAGAUUUACUCGUUUACCAUUUGGCCUUUUUUACUCUGUGCUGCGACACGAGAAUUGGCUGCAAAACAUAUCGCAGAAUUUCCAAUUGCUGCACCAAUGA